AUGAAAAGGUGUCCGAAACGUGAGAUCUUGGACAUAAAGCAAAUGUUUCUGCAAUCAUCUAGUGGGAAGUUAAAUGUGAGUGAUUUGAAGAUUGACCCCGAAGUUGUUCGUGAGAUGAUUUUGACUCUAAUUGUCAAAAAUGAACUUCCUUCAAGAUUUGUAGAGGUAUUUAAGAAGGAAAAUCACAACAUCAGAGAGGCAGUCAAAAGUUUUGUUGGGAGGGUUUUAGUGACCACUGAUUUGUGGACCUCCGUCUCCAACGAUGGUUAUAUGACUCUUACAACCCACUAUAUUGAUAAGUCAUGGGUUUUACAUAAGAGAUUGAUCAAAUUUACAGUCUUGACUCCUCCACACACUGGUGCACAUAUUUGUGAGGCAGUUGGCAAGAUUUUGACUGAGUGGGGGAUUGAAGGGAGAUUGUUUUCUUGUACCGUAGAUAAUACAAGUGCAAAUGAUGUAUUUGUUUCUCAUGUGAGAACAAAUUUGAAUACAAAAGGUACAUUAGUGUGUAAGGGGGAAUUUUUUCACAUCCGUUGUUGUGCACAUAUCUUGAACCUCAUUGUGCAAGAUGGUAUCAAACUGAUUGAUAAAGCAGUUCAGAAGGUACGAGACAGUGUAAAAUUUGUAAAGAGUUCUCAAGCAAGGAAGGUGAGAUUUGCAGAAAGUUGUGGGCAAAUAGGUUUGAACACCAAGAGGGGCUUACAUGGAGAUGUUAGUACAAGAUGGAAUUCAACAUUCCAGAUGCUUGAUGAUGUUUUGUUCUAUCGUCAAGCUUUUAACAACUUUGAGAAUUUAGAGUCAAACUAUAGAGAUCGCCCUACUGAGGAGGAGUGGCCAAAGAUUCAAAAAAUUACAAACUUUUUGAAACCUUUUGAUGAAAUCACAAAGCAAUUAUCUAGUUCAAAGUAUCCAACCUCCAACUUAUAUUUUGUAAAUGUGGUUCGUAUUCAUAUGCUUUUAAAUGAUGGCUCUUUAUUUGAGGAAGAUUUUAUGUUGGCGAUGGCAUAUGAGGAGAUCCAUGGUGAUGAUAAAUUACUGAUUGAUGAGUCUGUUGACCGUGUGAGAUCAGCUGUACGCCAACUUUAUAGCGAAUACAAGAGCAUGACGAAAGAGCAGUGGUCGUCUUUGACUUCUGGUUAUGAGGAGGUUGAGGAUCCGUUCACUAAGUGGUCAAAAAGGAAGAAGCCUAGAGCUGAUGAGAAGUCUGAAUUGGACCAAUACCUUGCACAAGAUAGAAAACCAUCAACCACGAAAUAUGAUGUUUUAGCAUAUUGA